AACCUGGCAGAGUUUCGCUGCUCCUCACAAGGUGGAGGGGCUUGAAACUUUGCACUGUGUUCCUCAGAUCCUGGUUCAGGUUAUGGUCCGGGGGGGAGGCUGGGGGAAGGGGAGUCGUCAUGAACACCUGCGAACCCGGCGGUGAAGAUUCACGGCCUCCGUCAAUUCCAGUGGAGGCUGGAAAACCGAAGGCUUGCCAGCUUAGAAUGGAAGAAUAACAAAGGAUGGUGAAUCCCCAGGCUUCUGAUCCGUGACAUGUUGUCGGCACUUUUAGGGAGGUGGGAUUGAGCUCAGAUUGAUCAGUUCUAGGUGUGGCUCUUAAAGGUUCCGAGCUAAACGCUUCAGCGUGGAAUAUGGCCCGAUGUGGGCCUCUGUACGCGGCAUGGUUUUCAGCAUCACGACCUCCCGCCUCUCUCCCGCGUCGAAAUGUUUGACUGUUAAUGUACUGAAUGAUUCAGCAGUAAGAAAAAUUAUUCUCGCCUCAAUCAAUGGAAGUUGAUGCGUAUGCAACGUCUCUGUAUCCGGUGCAGUUGCAGCAGUGGGCCAAGAGCAGGCCCGGCACUCUCCGAGUACCUUUCUGUGGUUGACACUGGUGUUUUUCCACCCUCUGUUUUCUGUACGUCCAAGCAUGCAGAUCUGUUUCCUGAGAAUACUUGUAGCUUCAUACAUAGAUACAUGUAUACUUCUGUCUGUUAUUUCCCAGUAAGUUGGCACCACUGAGUCCUGUGUGUGGCAUGUCGUCGUACUGGAGUGUUGUCAGCAGGUCGUGGUCGUUGCGGCGACGUCCCACCCUGCCGCCUCCCUGGCCGUCUGCUUGCUGCUCACAGCCUGUUGCUGCGCUCAACGUGACUUUCCAAAUCGACUCGCUCGCUUCCAUUAUCGAAGGCUCGCACAGCUGAAAACUCGGAAGGCAGGAUGACAAGCGCGGCGCCGGCCAGGAAGCCGUAUCGGAAGGCUCCGCCGCAGCAUCGCGAGACACGCCAGCCUCAGCCUGCCGCCACGCCUCCGCCAGCAGCGCCACUCGCCGUCAGCCAGGAGGCGGACGUCUCGGACCCUGACAGGAUCAGGAUCCUCCAGCAGCAGAACCAAGACCUGCGCAGGCGCCUGUCGCUGUCCACCCAGAAGAUGGAGGCCAUGGAGGCGGAGUUUGACAGCAACCGCCACUAUAUGGAGGCAGAGCUGGGCCGCACCCGGGAUGACCUGGAGAAGAUGAGGGACAAGUUCCGCAGACUGCAGAACAGCUACACAGCAUCUCAGCGAGCCAACCAGGAGCUGGAGGAGAAACUUCACGCUCUGGCUGCCGUCAGUCAAACCUGGGUCCAUGCACUGCGGACGGUGGAGCGAGACAAGCGCACCAUGGACCAGGAGAUGGUGGAGCUGACCAACAAGCUGCUGGAUGCCAAGAACGUGGUCAACCACCUGGAGGAGCUGAACGAGCGCUACCGUCAGGACUGCAACCUGGCUGUUCAGCUGCUCAAGUGCAACAAGUCCCAUUUCAGGAAUCACAAGUUCUCUGAUUUGCCCUGGGAGCUGCAGGACAUGCUCCACAAACACAUGAACGCGCUGCCCGUGAGCGGCUGCUCGCCCAGUGGCCAGGACCCGGACUCGCUGAGCCUGACGCCGGCCGACGUGGUUCCCACCUCGGUCAUCGCUCGUGUGCUGGAGAAGCCGGAGCCGCUUCUGCUCAACUCGGCUCAGUCCAGCAGCUGCGGCCGCCCCGUGGCCGAGGACGUCUUUGUGCACGUGGACAUGAGCGGCCCAGCAGGGGGCAGCCACGAGCAGCUGAACGGCUCCUGUCGCAGCCUGGACCGGGAGGAGCCCGGCAGCGAGCCGGCCUUUGACAAGCUCCACCCCUACCCGCCGCCCGCGCCGCCGCUCGCUCAGUACCAGGGCCGCAGAGUCAUCGAGUUCUCAUCCGACGACAAGGUGAAGAUCCCCAAGAACAGCCCGCUGCCCAACUGCACCUACGCCACGCGGCAGGCCAUCUCCCUCAGCCUGGUGCAGAGCGAGGAGGAGCGGCCCGCCCCGGGCAAGCCGCGCCCGCCGCCUGACGCCGCAGCAGAGCCUCCGUCCAGCCAGUCCAGCCCUUUCAGCAGCCCACCUCAGGCCCCGAGCGUGCUCGCCAGCUCGGCGAGCUCGGAGGAGGACCUGCUGGCCAGCUGGCAGCGGAUGUUUGUGGAGAAGAAGCCUCCGAGCGCCGGGGCCGUGCAGUGCCGCCAGGCAGCGCAGGCCGCCGCUCCAGCCGCCGCCACCGACCACCAGAGGGCGGCCUACUCUGACGGUGAGGAGGGCUCGUCGGCCCAGAGCUGGACACCCAGUCGAGGCUCCAGUCUGGACACGGACACGGACACUGAGACCCGCCCCUCGUGCAGCGGCAGCGAGCACCUGCUGAUGGUGCUGGAGGACGACUCCGGCAGCGUUGACACGGCCGUCACCGUUGCCACGGCUCCGACUGACGCACACUGGGAGGAGGAGGAGGAGGAGGAGGAGCAGCGGGACGUGCUGCCGCAUGACCUGCCCAUCAUCCCGCCUCGCCUGUUGGACCUGGACCCCGCCCUUGCCUCUGCCCCUCCACGCCCCCAAAAAAGCCCCAAGCGAAUGGGGGUUCACCACCUGCAUCGCAAAGACAGCCUGACCCGGGCCCAAGAGCAAGGCACUUUGCUUGACUGAGCUGCCCACUGUCGCCAUGGCAACCGGUUUGCGCCUACAAAUGGGAAAUAGCCAUAAACGUGCUCACGUGAGCUUUGAUUUUGGGAUUCGCUCAGGUCACCUGGACACACACUCCGUGCCUCUUAUCCAGUCUCCUGGUCUGUUCUCAUCGUCAUGGAGAUGGAGGCGGGGCCAUUUUGGUGUGACUGCAGCUGUGAGGACGGACAGACGGACGGACGGACGCACGCCUGACCUUUCACCCGCAGUGUCGUCCACUUGUCCCCCUGUGUUUCAGAGUAUUGAUUGUCCUGCAACUCACAUGAUCAGCUGAUUGUAAGGAGGUGAGUCCAGUGGUGCUCACCGAGUCCGUGUCCCUGGCCCAUCCUAAGUGACCGUGACAGGUUGGUCCCAGCCUGGACUCACCUGUGAGUAGCAAAGCGACGGUCUGAGUCGUGACUCUGAAAACCACACCGUCGUUCAAACAUGACUUCAGAAAGUCUGGUUUGUUUUUUUGUUUUUAAUGCAGCCGACUUGCACCAGUCCCACCGCGGCCUGUCGCUGUGGUUUUCCCCAGUCGAACAUCCAACUUGUGGUUGGAUGGCUGUCGGGUCACACGCUGCAUCAUGGUGACACACACGAGUCACAACAGAGUCAGGUGGUUCCUGCACAGCAAACGUGCCUCUCUGUUGGGAGCUAAUAAAAAAUGAAAGUCAAGUCUAAAUAAUUGAAUGUUCCUGCCGAAACACGAAGCAGUUGCGUCCCGGUUCACACUGGCGCUCUGCUGUUGUAAAUAUUUGAUCAGUCAUUCAGAGACUCGACUAAACUGCUUGGUUCUCUUGGCUGACAGAAGCCGAGGACAGCGGGCCAGUGAGCGUCCUGACGCCUGGCGGCUGCACAGUGGUGCACGUGGUGUUUCGCUUCCGUGAGGAAUUCCGGCACGUCGCGCUCGCUUCUCUGCGUCCACAUUUUUAUUUACUGAAGCAGCAUGUUGCUGUCUGCUUCUGUUUUUCCUUUCUUUUGUCUUCUUAUGCAUCUCUGCGUUGCUACGUUUGAACUCCACGAUUCAGCUCACAUUCAUUGAAUGUAAAAAUACGUGUUUUGAAGAAUGAAGGUGGUCACUGUGCCAACUGAUGACACCACACGAGGAGCUCAGUCUGGGCUGCUUUUUGUUUGUCUCUGUUGCUACUGUUAGCGGUGCUCGCCGGACGCUGGCCUCUGGACUGGUCUCUCCCACACAAACGUCACGUGUCAGCGACUGUUCGACUGAUGAUUUUAUUUUCUCAAUUUGUACGCUGAUGGAUAUUUUAAAUAAAUAUUUUCAAUUGGUUGGUCUCUUUCAAGCA